CAUUCAUCGCUGCACCCACUGCUGUUUAAAACUUUGCGGCCCACCGACUGCCACGAUAAAUCCGCCCGUUUCACUUUAGGACUCCGGAACGAAGUAUCUGCCCGUAAUGCACCACCCGUUCCGAGAAUUCAUAGCUCAAGAGUCCUAGACAGCAACCCUACUUGGCAUUCACAGGUGAAUACUCUAGAGGUUUGUCUGGAAGUACGGGAGAAAAGAAGGAAAAGGAGACAAUCAUCCCCUUGGAAAGUUACGGCGCACCGCGAGCUCCCGGUGAGCCGGGCGGCUCCAUGGUCGUCGUCGUGGCUCGGCGCACGGAUGGAACGGGCCCGUGAUGGAGAACGAGACGCAGCUUAGCGAAGACGGAGCCCCACACAGCAACAACUGGCUCGCCAAUCGCACUGAGCUCGAGUUCGCCGACGAGCAUCUGCCCAACUGGGAGGACCUCUUGCUCGCGGUCUGCUUCAGCGUGCUCAUCAUCAUCACCAUUGUGGGCAACACGCUGGUGAUCGCCGCGGUAAUAACGACGAGGCGACUGCGGUCCGUCACUAAUUGUUUCGUGUCCAGUUUGGCAGCCGCCGAUCUGCUCGUCGGCCUCGCAGUCAUGCCACCGGCGGUCAUGGUACAGUUGAACAAUGGUGAAUGGGAGCUUGGUAAGAUACUGUGCGACGCAUGGGUUGCUUUGGACGUCAUGCUCUGCACCGCCAGUAUUCUUUCACUCUGCGCUAUAUCGAUAGACAGGUACUUGGCAGUAACGCAGCCCCUGAUCUACAGUCGUCGUAGGCGCAGCAAGCGACUAGCCGGCUUGAUGAUAGUCUUCGUGUGGGCUCUUGCAGUGACGAUUACGAGUCCACCCUUGCUCGGUUGCUUCCCCCGUGCUCGCAAUACCCUAGAAAUCGACAAAAAGUGCUCGUACAACAUGGACACGUCGUACGUGAUAUUUUCGGCGAUGGGCAGUUUUUUUCUGCCCAUGCUCGUGAUGCUCUACGUGUACGGGCGCAUCUCGUGGGUCAUUGCCAAGAGACAUCGGAAUCUCGAGAGCGCGGAUGCCGUUAGUUCCGGAGAUCACAAGAAGACGGGCAAACAGAGAAGCCCACAUGGCAGCAGCCACGACACGGGGAGCCACUUUCCCAGGGUCAAUCGUGCCUCCCAGCGGAGGUACUUUUCCGCGAGCACCACGGACAGCAGAGCGCGAAUCUUGUCCAAGUCUCCACGCUCGCUUUUGGGUUCCCGGCCCUCGACAGCCUCGGUGUCCGAAGGCACUGGCAGCGAGACAAGCCCGGCCGACAACAAAACCUCACCGUCCGCAGCGAGAACACAGGCGUCGACGGCAACAGCCCCAGGAAUGACCGCGACGUCGCUGACGGUGCCGGGCUCGGAAGCGGCGACGAGCCCAAACAAGCGGCCGAUGUCACGGGUUGGCACUCUGCGAAGUCACCAGCACAGCUGCAUCAACAGGGUGACGAGGGAAACCAAGACCGCGGGCACCCUGGCCGUGGUAGUCGGUGGCUUCAUUGCCUGCUGGUUGCCGUUCUUCAUUUGCUACCUGGCGACGCCGUUCAUGCCCGUCGGGCCGCCGGAUGCGCUCACGCUGGUGCUCACUUGGCUCGGCUGGAUAAACUCGGCGAUCAACCCGUUCAUCUACGCGUUCUACUCGGCGGACUUUCGCAUGGCCUUCUGGCGACUGACCUGUCGCAUGUGCGCGCCCCAGCGACCACCGUUCGACUCGAACUUCCAGGCGGCCGAUCGAACCGCUUACCAGCACGCCGGUGGCUCGGCUGCGGUCACUGCGCUGCCCAGCUGGAGGCGACAAGCCUCGAGAACGUGAGACAGGCCCAGCCUCGCGGUUAGCUUCAGCCGCGAGCCACGGCUCAACAAUAACAAUCAGACCCUGGAUUCACGUGCCGGUU